GUUAUUUUUAUUAUUAUUCUAGCUAAACCGUGUUCGCCUUCGAAGUGUAGGAAUAACGCCACCUGCCUACCAAAACUCCAAGUGACAUAUUCAUGUGCCUGCCUGGCAAAUUUUAUCGGGAGAAAUUGCGAAUACGUCGAUCCGUGCAUCAAAAAACCGUGUAAAAAUGGCGGCUCCUGUCAUGCAAUUGGUCUCUUCUAUAGAUGUCUGUGCCCGCCCGGAUUCGCAGGACACUACUGCCAAAUGGUCGACCAGUGCGUCUCAAAUCCCUGUCAAAAUGGAGGAACGUGCACGAAACAUAGGCGUGGCUACAAAUGUCAAUGUGCCACCGGCUACACGGGGGAUACCUGUGAAAGAAUCUGUCCGUGUUCGUCAAACCCAUGUGAGAAUGGAGGUACGUGCAUCAGCAAGGGAGAUUCUUUCGUAUGCAAGUGUCCGCCAUUUUUUGCAGGCUUUACAUGUACCACGGGUCAGCUA